AUGCCCUAUUCGCGGCAGUCUUCCUGGGAGGACGAUGGAAACAGUGACCCCCCAUCAACCCGCUCCUCCAAUGAUCCCCCGGAGCCUGCUGUCCAUAUUCGCUCCAGAUCUAUCGCCCAUCCCAAUCCACAUAGUCCCAAACGUCGCUCCGUCUUUGGUGGUCGCUCACGAAGUAACACCACUACCUCCACUUCGUCACGCCCAUCUCCGGGCUCUUCCCUGACCGAGUCCUCCAUGGAUGGUUCCAUCUCCUCUCAGGAUGAGCGUACCACCUCGGCUUUGGGCAUGCGUGCCGAUAGGCCUGAUAGGUCUUCCCGCUCCUUCCUUGCUCGAGGUAGUCGGAUUCUCCGCCGCCAAGGCAGCAAGAUCAACAUCGUCGCCACGCUGGACGAGGAGGAUGAAAAUGAUCGGGAGAAACCUCGCGACAAAUCCGAUAUGUUUGGUCGACGAUCUCGCCAAGUUGAACAACAAGGUCGAUUGAAGAGCCUCAUCUCUGAUCCAUUCGACUUUCAUCACCUCACCCAUACCAGCCCCGCACAAUUCCAGUCAUUGGAUCAAACCCGGGAGAAUGAUCUAUGUACCGAAUUCUCCGUCAUCCGGGCUUCUCAACGGCCCGAGACUGGUCUCAAAGGAAUCCGAGCCACUGAUAUCCACUUCCGCAACUUCUCAGCCGACGACCUCGCCACAUAUGGUACGGCUACCACCGUUGAUGAACCAACCCCGUACAGUCCCCCAGCCUCGCCACCAUCCGAAACAUACAGCCCUGGUCAUGUUCGACGGGAGUCUCGUGCCUGUGAGAACUUCUCACGUCCCGUCCCCAGAGUUCCGCGAUCUUGUCCCACAACCCCACCUCCUCCCGCUACCCCAGAGGUUCCUGCCGAGGUCGCAGAGCCGGCUCCGCGUGCCAUUGAUGAGAUUCUGGGCUUAUCCACUUCUAUGACCUACCCGGAAAAUAUCCACACCGCACCUUCAUUCCGACGAGAUUCGACAGGUAAUCACUCAGCUCGGACAUCCUCCAUGAGUAGUCACUAUGACCUGGAAGACGUGCCGGAAGAGGAAGAGGCCACUCGCAUGUGGGACAGCCCCGAGACGAGCGUUGGCUACGCUCAUUCUCGUUCGACUUCGCAUUUGAGCCAGGCGCCCACUGAAGCGUAUAUUCCAUCGACUAUCAAGGCACCCAAGGCGCCACUGUCGAUCUUUGUGGCCGAGGAGCUUUCCAGAAAGUUCUCCGAGGCCCUGGGCUCGCCGACUCUGCCACAGAACCUGCCUGAUAGUCUUCCCGCGAAUCGUCAAAUGGAGAUCACUCCGCCAAUCAAGUCCAGUGUCAACCAGUUCUCCUAUGAGGACGAAUUGUAUGACUCAUGGGACGCGGAUAUCGACUAUUGCUAUGAGCAUGCUGCCGAGUCGACCUGCAACUUCGAUUGGUCGCGCACUUCUCUAGAGGAGACUCAGCGCCCUCAGAUUGGUGUGCCCUUGCCUAACGACACCUGGCUUGUGGCCCCGAAAGUUCGACAGCUCCAACCAAGCCCACUGAGCACCUCCGAGCUUCCCACCCCGGAUUUGGAUUCCAGCCCAGCCCGGUCUACACCGUUGCACUUGGCCGGCACCCCGUCGACAGCUGAGUACGAGCGUGACUUCAUCGUUCGCAACACGGGUGACUACUUCCAACCUGUUAGUUCCUUGGCAAAGCAGAUUCCCCAGGAUACCUUAUACGAGGACUACCUUAACACCGAUGCGGAAUCGGAUCGCCACUUUCCUUUCUCUCAGGGAAUGAUUUCGGAUAACCCCGUCUCGCCCCGGAGCAGCUUCUCUCCCAUUAGCAAGUGUAACUCCCAAGAGAGCUUGAUGCUCUCUCGCGCGGCUUCUAUUGCCCGCAAGCACCGCUCGUCCGUUUCCACAACCAGCGUUCCAGAGCUGAUCCACAGCCUGUCUAGCAGUCGUGAGCUGAUGCCCACUGACCGUAUGAGCGCCGGCGAGACCUUGGCUGCCGGGUCUAGCAUCAGCCGUCCUUCUUCUUCUACCCUCCACCGCCAGACCAAGAGUCUGGCUGAAGCUCACCUGCUGCUCCAGGCGAGUAGCAGCCCUUGCAUUGGCGCAGAGCUUCCUGCGCCCACUCCCAUUCAAAGUCGUUCCAAGUCCUACGACAUGGAUACCAUCAAGGGUUGCGAGCCUCCUCUCCCCGCAAUUCCCCCUAAACACCCGAACCGGAAGAAGAGCCGCAACCCCUCUUACUCUCUUUUCCCCACUGCCGCUUAG